AUCUAUGACAGCUAGAUUGUGGCAACAGGGAGCGGGGUACCAGGAGUGGCAGUUUGGAACUCUUAUUCGAAAAAAACAAACUCCUACUACUUGUAAUGCACCCAACCUUCCUCAAUAUCAAGUCAUUAUCCCAAUUGCACAAGUCUUUUGGGAUCCAGUACUUCCACUUUCACCUGCAGUUGAGUACGUACCAGCUGUUCCUACUCCUCUUACAAUUGAAACUGCGCCUGUUAAUUUUAUUAUUGAUCUGUAUCAAGUUCAACAACUAGUUUUAAGUGGACAAGAUAAUGCAUAA